AUGGAGCUUGUGCUUCACCCAGUUACCAGUACGACCGCUCCCUUAGCUCCAGCCGACAUACACUCCGAUACCUUCACUCCGUCAAGUCUCUCGACUGACAGCAUUCUACCUUCCAUCAACUCGACUACCUCAUCGACCACAACCUUCUCCUCCUACCCUCGGAAGCAGCCUGAUUAUUCAGCGAACAAGCACAACACUCCAUUACCCUCAGUUACUUCAGCUUCGAUACAAACAGACCAUCUACCCACCUUCUCAAAGCGUCGACUUCCUGGAGCCGCCAAUCUUCUAUCCCGAUCGUUAGCAUCUCAGUCGCCUUCCUACAUGAACAUUGCUCAUCCGCAGUCCCCUGGCAUGGUUAUCAGCAGGCAUCAGAUUCAGCAACCGCACAACCAAUGGCCACGACAUAGCCAUCAGUUAUAUCCAGCUCCAAUACAAGCACAGUAUUUCCACGGAUUCCCCCAGGCCAAUAUUAAACAUCCUGAGCCACUAACAUCCAGCACGACUACUCUUUUAUCUGAUCAGCAUGGGCCAAUGAGCAGAGUCCCUUGGAUGGAGAUGCUAACUGAUCAGGUGACCAGGCUCCAACCAGAUGGUGUAAGCAGACGUCCUCCACUUUCACCAAUCGAACCCUCCCUUCUUGCGCCCCGUCAACAUACAUUCGGUAGCCCCCAGAACUACCAAACGCCAAAUGCUUCGGUC